GUGAAAGGUCAAAUACCUCUUUCUUGUUUGCCAGCCGUCUGUAUUUGGUUGCCUUUGAAGGUUGGCUCGACUCAUCCAGCAGAUAUUCUUUGUAAUGUCUUUUGGGUGCCAUGUCGGGCGGUUUUACAGUUUUUCUCUAAGCCCGGUAAAAUACAUCCAUGGUGAUUGACUUUACCUUAUUACUGAUACGUGCGCAUGCGUGCGCACGUAUUCGUGGCGCUGUGCUGCCGCUGAUUGGUUACCCCCGAAUGCAAUCUGCUUGCAGAUGUAGAUGCUGAUUGCUGAGGGAACCGUUGUCCCAGUUGAGUUACUUACAAUGGCGCAGUUCAAGUUCGGGAUGUUUUAUUUGAAGGACAACACAAUUCACGUCGAAAGUACUGAGAUUGUGGCACCUCAGUACAGACAGAAGCUCGUUCAGAUAUUAAAACGGCCGGACCUCUACAGUGAAGACGGAUGGAUACAAGUGUGCUGGGGAACCAGGAAAGCAUCUACAAACAAUGUGGCCGCAAAACUGCUCUUACUCGGAGACAACUACAAGGAGUUGAUGGGGAAAAAAGAAGCCUUCCUCAAGGAUGAGGACAUCUGGCACAUGGCAGUUGCAAGAAGGACCACACCUUGUACCACAACACAUGAUGGAAGCAAACCAAAGAAAAAAAGAAUUACGGCAACUUCCAGUCUCACUUCAGAUGAUGAUGAAACACAGAUUGACCCAUCACGAGUUCUUCAAACAAAUCCGAAGAUGACAAAGGCUGCAAGAGACCGAGCCCUUUCCCAACUGAAAUCCUCGCUGCUGAGAAGAAAGCAAACAACCUCCACCCCCUUGACAAAUGAAGACGAUACAGACAUAGACACCAAUGUGGACUUAUUUGACCCACCUCAGGCUUCGGGAUCAACUGACCUCUCCCAAGGGGAAAGUGAAGAGGAGAGUGUCCUGAUGGAUCAGCCCAGAUCCAGUGUUGGCAUGCAACAGGAAGUGAUGGAUGCUCUGAAAGAAAUACCAGCCUUAGUCAAGUGUGUCAAAGAUGUUAUUGCAACCAUGAAGAGAAUUCAACAUGUCAUGGACACUGACAGUACAUGUUCUGGUUCUUCCAGUCCAGCUCCAGAAAUGAUUUCCCUUGGCAACAAGGGGGUGCAGGUCAGCAAAACCUGUUUCAGAAGACUCAACCGAACAAGAAUGUCCCUGUUCACACAGGACUUAGCUGUGCUCCUCUUUGGGCGGGAUGUUUUGGCAUCCUCGACUCUCACAGGAAAACCAGGGCUUACUGGAACAGCGAAAGAGCAGCUAAAUCCGGAAAAGCUGAGUGCCCUUGUUGAUACAGUUAUUGCUGAAUUUCCAGGAACAAAUGUGUCUGAUGUGAGGGCAGUGAUUCGGAGAAAAUGUAACAAUGAGAAUUUUGUGAGCAAAAAGAAACAGUAAGCAGUAAAUCAGUAACUGUUUGUAAUAAUUUCUUGUUUGUUUUUUCUUUGGUGGACAUACAUUUUGAGUUUAAACAAACUGUGAAUGUUUCACAUGUAAAAGUUUCAACAGUCAGUUUAAUGUUUAAUGUUUUUUAAUGUUUUCAAAAGUCAGUUUCAGUUUAAUGUUCAUCCCUGUCAUUACUAGCAAUGGUACGAUGAAGAGAAACAGUUUGAUUCUGUAUUUUGUACCCUGUCAUGCCGUGCAUGUUAAAAAUAAACUUUAUUUCUACCUGAAGUAUGUUCUAAAUAUCUUUUAUGUUUACUUAAAAGUAAUUUGAAAUUCAAAAUAAUUAUAGAAAAAAU